AUGCCCUCACCCUCACGUUCUUACCAAAGGUCAAGAUCUCCACGCCGUACUCGCUCGAGAUCACCAAACAGAUCACGUUCGCCUCGCGACAGACGCCGACGACACUCUCCUCCUUCUCCCCGUCGUCGACAUCGUCCUGAUCAAAAAGAUGCACCUCGUCAAAGGAGACACGAAUGGGGUGGACGAGGAGCAAGUACCGACAGAAAGGAAGAAGAAGAAGAGCCUGCUGAAAGAGAAGGACCCAACUUUGGACUUUCUGGAAAAUUGGCAGCAGAAACCAAUACAGUCAAGGGCGUAGAGCUCAAAUAUAACGAACCACCUGAAGCAGCAAAGCCAGACAAAAAAUGGAGACUGUAUGUGUUUAAGAAAGAUGAACAGAUCGAUUUGCUGCAUAUUCAUAGACAAAGCUCUUAUUUAAUAGGACGUGAUCGAGUGGUUGUAGACAUACCAGUGGAUCAUCCUUCUUGCUCUAAACAGCAUGCUGUUAUUCAAUAUAGAGAGGUAGACGAAAAAGAUGAAAGUGGAAAGUUUCGAAAAGUGAUAAAACCGUUUAUUAUUGAUCUCGAAGCAACAAAUGGCACAUUCUUGAAUGGAGAACAAAUACCUACUACACGCUUCAUUGAAUUGAAGCCACAGGAUGUAUUAAAGUUUGGUAGCAGUACCAGAGAUUAUGUACUUUUACAUGCAGAAAUAUAA